AUUACAGACAUCAACGAAUGUUCCUGCAAUCCUUGUUUAAACGGAGGAUCAUGUACCGACCAGGUUAAUAGAUAUGCUUGUAGCUGUCAGCCUGGAUACGCAGGAGCACAGUGUCAAACAAGAAAGAAAUAUCUUUAAUAUCCCCUGAAUAGUUUUGGCAAAACUUGUAAUCAAUCUUUUAAUAUUGCCAUGCAAAGUUGUCUUUUCUCAUACUGUACAUUUUGCCACAGACAUCAACGAAUGUUCCAGCAAUCCUUGUCUAAACGGAGGAUCGUGUACUGACAAGACUAAUGGAUAUACUUGUAGCUGUCAGCCUGGAUACAAAGGGGCUAGGUGUCAAUCAGGUACGUACGCAUUAGCAUUUAAGACAUUGCAAAUGUUGCUAUUUGACAUUGAAGAAGAGUUCUUUCGUAUGAGAAUGACCGAGAUGACGGAGAAUGACGGAGAUAAUUCGUUGAUUGUCUUGUCUUGGCCCCUCCAACUUUGGCCCAUCUCUUCCUGGGAUUAUUACACAAUUCCUUUUACAGGAAAAAAAGGAUGGUGUCUUUUUCGAAAGCAUAUUGAGACAAUUUAACUACUCGUCAUCGCUGACAUAUUAAGUAGCUCAAAUUUUUUAAUCGCUUUUCAGGAGUAGGGUGACCAAUACAACAUCGUGCAAUACAACACCUUGAAUGUUACGAUGUCGUUGAACCUCUACGUGUUCUUCCUAAUUAUAAUCAAGACUAAAAUUCUGUUCGCUUUUCUCGCAAUGGUAUCAAUAUGACAAUUCACAUAAAGAGAUGGUGGUUUUAGGUGGGACAAGGCUGCGAAAUUCGUCAAUUUCCUCCUAGAAAUAACCGUUCAUUUACGGUCAUGUUUGAUAUAUUAAAUGGUUGGUAAUUCGCACUAACUUGCAGUACUUACAUGUUACAGUUUAUCGAGAUCCCCUUAAUACAUCAACUGAUUAUUGGGGCAAGUUAUUACAGAUAACUCUAAAUGCGUUACAUUGAUCUGCAUAAAGUGCCACCGACUUUCUUGGAGUGACCACCUCAGAAGGAUCACUGAUAACUUAACUUACGAAAACAAGGGGCUCAAGAUUGAUUCCCGUGACAUACCUGACGGGAUUUUUAGCUCACUUGAACAAUUGCCAUCAGCUAUAACCCCUUGCUUACGAUUUGAUAAUCGGGAACACCCUUUCACGAAGCCAUGCUGCUAAUCAGAAGAAAAGGUGAAUAAUGCCGCCGUUUGGAUAAUUUUUUCCUGAUUUUUGCCCAAAACGGACAGGUGAAUUAAGGCAUGGGUCCUCGUUAUAUGCAGGGUUUUAUGAUUUGAUCUUGUUUUUUCCAGUAUCUUCCUUCAUUUUAACCUUACACCGCUGUGUUUAAGACCAGAACCACUUUGGACCUUAAAUACUACUUUUUUUCAGAUCACGUGACCAGCCACGCCCAUAAUUAUGCAAAAUUUGGACUUUACUGAAUGUGACCACAAUCGUUUUUCCUUCCAUAAUAUUUCAUUUACAGUCAAGUAAGCUAAAUUAAUCGGGGAUUUGUGAAAUGAUCAAUUCCUUCAUAAGUAUUAGAUAUUUUUCUCUCGUCCCAGUCUCCUUCUUAACAAGAAACGUUAUGAUAUACAAAACAUAGAUAAUUUAAGAAAAUCCCGAUCAAUUCCAUAAACUUUGUGUCGAUAGUCAUUGACAAAAAAUGAAUUAAAUUACAAGUGUUAUUUAUAAAGUGGUGUAAAUUUGGAUUGAAAUAAAUAGUCAAAAAUGGGUGUGGCAAGUCACGUGACAAAGAUAAUACAUUAGUAAUAAUAAAAAAAUGAACGCUUAUGGGGAGUAGAUAUUGAAUUUAAAAUGUCCAUGCGAAAGGUAAAAUCCCUACUAAAACAGACCACCUCCCUCCAAAUUUGCACUGCCCCAUUCCUUAAUUCAACGUUCUCCUUGGCACUUUGCUUUAAAAACUGGUGGAUCUUCAGUUCCAGAAAAAGGAAAUUUCACCCCGGCUAAAAGAUGGUUAGUGGCUGCGGCAAGUUCUUGGUAGGCAUGUCCCGAUUGCGCUGGAAAAUUCGCCAAAAUGAACUCAAAACAUGGCGAAAAAGUACUCAAAUGGUGUUUGAAUUUUGGAAAAAGUGCUUGAAAUUUGUAAAUAGUGCUCGAAAGAUGCUCGUACGUUUUUAAUUAUUUCCUAGCAGAUACGUUCUGAAUAUUCUUAGUUUUAUAAAAGCUUUACCCCUCGAUUUUCUAAUAUGUGACCACACUAGAAGUGAAAUACCACUGUUUUUUUUCCAAAAUCGACUGUUUCCACGGUUAAAAGGAGCAUUUUCAUGAAAAGAGUCAGGCGACAAGGUGGAAUUAUUCAAAUUCGGGAUAAAAGAAUUACUCGGCUUACUGGAAACGUUUCAAAGACAACAUAUAGCAUUUAACAUGUGGAAAAUUGUAAAAAAAAAUGCUUAAGCAGUACGUGAAACUGCAAAAAUAUUGCGAUUACCUGAUGUAUAGGUAUUGCGCGUGAACAAUAAAAACACAUAUUGCGAAAUAUUGGUUGUACACCUCGACUGAAUCAAUUUGUAUCUAAACGAGAUAUAUCGCCUGGUGUAUCGAAAUUACUUUGUAUCAAAACGACCGGUAUUAAAGCAAACACAUAUAAACAAAAGCCAAAAUGGCUCUUGGUAAUAAAUUAAUUUACAGCGCUCUUCGAAAGGUAAUAUAUCCAACUAUCCUUUUCAUAACGCGUAUGCCUAGAUGUUCCAAUGACAGAUUAUUCUAAAAUAAGUAACAAUCGUACUUACAUUAAUUUGCAUCGCUAAGACUCAAACAGUACGUGUGUCCACCAGUUGAACUUAGAUCCGUUCCUUUAAAGGUAAAAGCCAGUUUAAUGCUGACAAUUCGGAGACAUUUUGAUUCGUGAUUAAAACAAAAUCUGCGCGUCUCGACAGUCCACAGAGUUCACAAAUACUCUUUUUGCGCAGUACGUAAAGAGCAACUCAAAGCAAGUUGCAACCAUCAACAGCCGUCCGCCAUAAUUUUGAAAUACAAAGAAGCUUUGUUCCUUAGCAUGUGUUUUUACCACGUGACUCUAUUGCGCGGGAAGUCCCCGGGCGCGUACUGGUUCUAAGCGCGGUUAACUGCGGUUCUGUGUCAAAAUCGAUUAGAUUACUAUUUAGAUUACACUGUAUGUUAAUGUAAGUUACGUUAUGGUUGAUACGAGUUUUAAUAGUUUCAAAACUUAGUAAUUGAUCAAUGAUUGAUUUAAAAUCUGGCUGUGCAGAGAUAGACACAGAGAGAUUCGAUGAAUAACGUUUGGAGAUCGAUUGAUCUGUCACACUGUCACACUCUGUGACACAACGCGCGUUAUCAAACCGGUCGAUGGGCUCCAAAUGCAUGCAUGUUUCGAUACUUUAUUUGACUGCAUGAUGAAGUUUAAGGCUGAUUGUUCGUUUUUGUUGGGAGAUACAUUAGCUCCCAACUGUAUGGCAGCUCUGUGUCUUAUUUUCUAGUGGACUUAAAGGCUUUGUGGCGUUUAUACUUACUGGUUACUUAUUAAGUACGCGCAUGAUUAGAAAUCGGAUGUGUCCAGAACUGAGAACUCUCGUCAACUUUCCUUUGGAUUGACGACGAAACACUUCUGUCGAGAUGGCUUAACUAUAAGAAUAGUGCCUUUGUAGAAUUGGCUGUGCCUUAGACGACGUGUUCUUACUUCUUUUGGCAGACUGUAUCUGCAUGUCUAUUGCAUUUUGUUUGUCAAGUCCGCGAUUCAGGGUAUCCAUUUUUAAAAACACCCCGAAAACAUAGCCUGCGAAAACAUCCGUUUCUCCCCGCUCUUCGCCGCUGGGGACGUUUCGCGCGAAAAAUCCCCAGCUACGAAGAGCGAGGAGAAACGGGUGUUUUCAUUACGUAAUUUUGGAAAGAAAAGUUUGUUUGCCCAAUGCCUAUUUCUUGUAGUUGCAGCGCUAAUUAUUCAAAAACCUUCUUCCGUCAUCGUUGAGGAAGGAGAAAACGUAACGCUGUUGUGUAAAGCUAGUGGUCGGCCGACUCCCACUGUCACGUGGGUAAAAGCGUUAGGUCAUCUAAAAAAAGGAAAGACCGCCGUUCUCGAUGGCAACCUAACUAUACAGAACGUGGCCAAGGCAGAUAGCGAAAUCUACGCAUGCUUAGCAAAGAAUUCCCUUGGGAGGGACUCUGCGUUUGCACUAAUAACCGCGACUGAUAGGCUCGAAUUUACCCAUACUCCACCCCUGAACGUUUCUACAAAAAAGAAGAGCAAUUUGACGUUGAACUGUGCAGCUCGAGGUACAAUA